AUGGCGAACCUUUCGCAAGGCGAUCGAAACGCCAUUGGAAAAUACCCUUUGAACAACUCCCUAAGUCAUUUACAAGACUUGCUUCAAGAUACAGAGAAAUUCUACAUGACACACCCAAUUUGUUAUCAGGAGCUUGAUCAGUUUGCAGAGGCACAUGGCUCGGCUCAGAAAAUUGACUGGAGGCCUCUCGCGCCGCCCACCCAGCCUCUAGGGGAACUUAUUGCAACACGCAAAGUCGAUGUCGGCUUCGUCAAUGAUCCAAGUGCCACCGAAGACUCCAUAUGCCGCUGGUCUUAG